CCUGGCCAUUCAGACUCACAGUAAUACUGCCUCUCGACUUAACGAGCAAACAAACCAAAAAAAAAAAAAGAAAGAAAGGAAUAAAGAAAAGAAGAAGCCAGAAAGAUGUCGUGGCAAACGUAUGUUGAUGACCACUUGAUGUGCGAGAUAGAUGGUGUGCACCUCACAGCCGCGGCAAUCAUCGGCCAAGACGGCACCGUUUGGGCUCAGAGCGCUAACUUCCCUCAGUUUAAGCCUGAGGAAAUAACAGGCAUUAUGAAUGACUUUGCUGAACCGGGAACUCUUGCACCAACUGGCUUAUUCCUUGGUGGUGUGAAAUAUAUGGUGAUCCAAGGGGAACCAGGAGCUGUCAUACGAGGAAAGAAGGGUUCUGGUGGUGUUACUGUCAAGAAGACCAAUCAGGCCUUGGUAAUUGGUAUAUACGAUGAGCCCAUGACUCCUGGCCAGUGCAACAUGAUUGUUGAAAGGCUGGGUGAUUAUCUAAUUGACCAAAGUCUGUAAUUGCUUCAGCAUUAUUUUGAUAAUGGAAAAUUAAGUGUGAGAGUUGAAGUGUUAUGGUAACUUGGAGAUUAAGAGAUGGUUGGUCAUCAAAUAUGUUCCCUUGUUUCCUCAAAGACAUUUGAAUGAUUUGCGUUGAUUUAUAGUGGGAUCAAAGAAUAUUAUCUAUAAGGGAGUUUUGGGGGUUUUUUGGUAAUGCGAGUGAAAGUGUUUGUUGUAUCUCAUUUCAUUUUUAUUAAAGAGCCAAUUUCUUGCCUAGCAAGUUGUGGAA